GCAAACCAGAUGCUCCUGGAUGGAUACCCUAUAUUCCCUAACCACCUAGAAAAGCUACUGACUGCAAUCACAGUCACCCAGGAAAACAACAUGACCAUCCACACUUUUAAGAUAAGUGGGUUCUACUCUCAAGCGCCAACAGAGGAUCAUCCUCUACAACAGUUAGCCACCAAGGCAUUGCAGAAGGUGGAGAAGCUACAACUUAUAGACAGCCCAGCAAUAAUGCCCUUCAUUAAUCAGCUAUCCUUGCUGUAUCUCCAAUUCUCCAUCACCUUGAGCUGGCAAACUAUUAGCUAUCUGCUCCCACUCUUAAAGAAUACAUAUAGCUCCACGUAG